AUGUUCUAUUCACUCAAUUUCUCAUUUUGUAGGUUUGAUGUUAUAGACCGUGCUAUCUUACGACCUGGUAGAUUUGGUAAACAUCUUUAUGUUCCUCUUCCAAGCCUAGACGAGCGUGUAAAAAUAUUGAAAACUCUUGCAAAGGGUUAUAUUAUUGACGUCGGUGUGGAUUUGAAUGUCAUCGGAAGAAUGGAAGGUUGUGAAAACUUUAGUGGUGCUGAUCUUGCUGAAUUGAUGGAAGUAGCAGGGAUGGCUGCUCUCAUUGAAAAGUGGGACUCAACUGAGGAAACUAGUGUCACCAUCAAGACAUGUCAUUUUGAUGCAGCACUGAAAAAAAUGUCUCCCUCUGUAUCAGCCCCGCAAAGGCAGUACUAUCAACAUAUUUUCAAAGAGCCUUAA